AUGAAAUUUUGAUUCGGUGGCUUCUUGCCCCUGUUCCAACCUCCACAACGACCUCAUCGUUGAUGUCGAUUCAUAGAAUGAUCAAUAAUAAUUAAAUUUUACAACUUAAUAAAAAGAACACAUGCCAUCAUUCAUCUUCCUCGAAUGGCUGAACCACCCACCCACACGCCCCCAGUUCCACUUGCCACCAUUCAUCCAUUCUCGACCAUCCCUUAUCCCUAUGACUUCACACCCAUUCCUACUACUCCGCAAGUCUCUAUUUUUAAAUCAAAUAAUCACGACGGUGGAUUCUUGAAAAUGGAUUUCUGAAGGGUGACGGUUGUUGGCAACUGGGGAAAUUUGAACCCGAAAAUGGCUUCAACCUUCAACUCGAACCCGAAUUCCACUCUUAGCUCUCCAGCUUUAAGUCUCCCACAUCCCAAAAUCCAUAACUACGAAAAUCCCAGGAUGCUUUCCUCAGACUUGCACGCAAAAUGGGACGCAAAACUCAUAAUAAACGGUGGUUCCAGGCUGUCGGGCCAUGUCAGCUUAAGUGGCUCCAAGAACUCGGCAUUAGCAAUCCUAGAAGCGGCACUCUGCUGUUCAGGCACUUCGAAGCUAACAAAUGUUUCGAAUUUAUCUGAUACAAGAAUGAUGGCUUCCAUUUUGUACUCUUUAGGUGCUGAAAUUCUGAUUUCUAAUAAUGAGAUGGUGAAACACUGACCUUGUCGGGUCUGUAGAACCUGAAUUGAGUGGCAUUGCCAAGAUUCGAGGUGGGUUCUUCGUUAUUGGUCCUCUGCUUGGCCGGUUUGGUGAGGCUGUGGUUGGUUUGCCCGGUGGAUGUGAUAUUUGGGCUCGGCCAAUUGAUAUUUAUAUCCGUGGGCUUCAAGCUCUUGGUGCUGUAGUUGAAGUGAGAAUGUGGGCAUGUGCAAAAGGUGCAGGAUCAGACAAGAUUUAUAUCUGCGGGAAAAAUCAGUUACGUGGUUCUGAAUACGGCAUAAUGCCAGACAGAAUCGAAAUGGGCACCUUCAUACUUGCUGCUGCAAUUACUUGAUCUUGCAUCCCUCUAUCACACUAGCUUGUUAGACAAGCUCUCAGGUGCUGGCUGCAAAAUAUUUCCCAGGCAUAGCAAUCUGAAGCUUUCUGCAAUCCCCGCAAGUAAGGGAGGUGACUUGCGAGGCUUCAAUGUUAGAACCCAACCGUACCCUGGACUCCCAACAGAUCUCCAACCCCAGACCAUGGCUUUGCUUUCAAGUUCAAGCAUUAUAGAAGAAUCUGUGUUUGAAAAUCACAUGGGUCAUGUAAGAGAAUUACAGAAGUUUGGAGCCAAACUUGAGGUUUGUGGAAGUACUGCAUUGGUUUUUGGCAAAGAGAAUGGAAGACACUUUUCUGGUAGUCGUGUUGCUGCUACCGAUUUAAGAGGCGGAAUGUCAUUGGUUUUAGCCAGGCUCGCUUCAGAAGGAACCACAGAAAUUAGUGGAAUUUCACAUAUUGAUCGAGGUUAUGAGAAUCUGGAGUCCAAGCUUUGUCUCAUAGGAGCUGAUAUCAAAAGACAGGAUCUUAAUAAAGGCCAUGCCAGCAAUUUUAGCACGCCUGUUCGCACGUCUAUUACCGAAUCAACAUACGACAUAUAGGCAUUAGUGCUAAUCACUCAGGUGCACUAACCUACUGACCCAUCGAUAUUUGAAAGAUUACAAUGUGUUUAGUAAGGCAUAUUUGUUACUUUUUGAGAGCAUUUGGU